AUGCCAAUGUACGACUACAUUUAUGGGACCAACGACAAGUGUAGUGACUCAUUGUAUGAAUCAUCGUUGGAGCAAGAAGAAGAGAAGCCUGACGCAAUUCAUCUCACCCAUCUAACAUCACUGGACUCUAUUUACCAUCUCCGCCUUGGCUUUGCUUCCCUCUCCUCGCAUCCCCUAUCUUCUCGGUUUUACCUAGUCCUCAUGAAACCAAUCACUCUCAUCAUCUCCUUCUUACUAACCUAUUUCUCUUCUCGAACCUUUGUCUUCGAGAGAAACCGCUUUGGUGAUAUCACCCUUCACUCCCAUCUCCUUCCCAAGCUCUCCUAUCAUUACAAGUCGCAGCAGCAAAAGGAAACUAUCAACAAAAUGAUAGAGACGGCUAUUCUUGAAGCGGAGAAGAAGGAUGUGAGAGUAGUGAGUUUGGGGCUACUGAACCAGGGAGAAGAAUUAAAUGGGUACGGAGAAAUGUACGUAAGGAAAUAUCCAAAGCUAAAGAUUAGGAUAGUAGAUGGAAGCAGUCUCGCAGCUGCGGUGGUGGUUCAUAGUAUUCCUGCUGGCACGAGAGAAGUUCUCUUUCGAGGCCAAAUCACAAAAGUUGCUCGCGCCAUUGUCAUUUCUCUUUGCCAAAGUGGCAUCAAGGUAAUGGUUAUACGUGAGGAAGAGCAUUGCAUGCUAGCCGGAUUCAUUAGCGGGGGUUGUAAGGAAAACUUGGUCCUCUCAACCAAUUACUCCCCAAUGAUUUGGUUGGUGGGAGAUGGGCUAAGCAAAGAAGAGCAGAAGAUGGCCAAAAAGGGAACUCUCUUUCUUCCCAUCUCGCAGUUUCCUCCUAACCAACUUCGAAAAGACUGCUUUUACCAUACGACUCCAGCUAUGAUCAUCCCCAAAUCUGCCCAAAACAUCGAUUCUUGUGAGAAUUGGCUGGGGAGGAGAGUGAUGAGCGCGUGGAGAGUUGGUGGAAUAGUGCACGCGCUUGAAGGAUGGGAGGAACAUGAGUGUGGUCUUGACCUUCCAAUGGUUAAUCCUCCAAGAGUUUGGGAAGCUGCUCUUCGAAAUGGUUUCAAACCUCUGGUUUUGCCAUCUUUAGAGACCAAAGGAUUGGAAAAUUAA